CCAAUACCAAAGUGGUUAAUAAUCUAAGAAAGAACAUUAUGAAUCGACUGCUAGCGUUACUUGCUGUUCUGGCUACAAUAACCUCGGGCGUUACUGCCAGAGCCAUACCAGCCCAAAGGGAAGUUCUUACUCAGACAAACCGCAAUUGUGAAGGCUCCGUUGUCGAUUCUGUACACACAGAGACCUUCGGUUUCGUCAACCUUGUUGUAACCGGGUCAAACCGUAUCGUCGCGGUUGCUGUGCUAAAAGGGGGGACCCCGAACGCGAAUUACAAUGUCCGCCUGAUCCAGAUCAAAGACAGAAUGGCUGUGGACUGUGGAGUCUGUACAAAAGGCGGUGCAACAUUGACAACAGACGACCGAGGGGAUGGAAGUAUCAAUGUUCAACAAGCGGUAGCUCCGGGUGCAACAGCGGCAUGGGUGGACCUGAACAACAAAGAUGACUGUGCUAAUUUCUUCAACAUUGCCCCGCUGUCAAUUGUGUAAAGAGCUGAUUAUGUGAGGCUAUGUGGCUUUCUGAAGCAGUUUGCGAUGUCCUAUGAAUCCUUUAUGAUAAGCGCCCAAUCAGCGUUUGUGAAAUAUGAAUUCCGAGCUUGCUUUAUAUUGAAAGGACUUUAUCUUUCAUAUCAAUGAAUUGGAACAAGAUCUCGGCCUUCGGGGUUUUUUAUUUAAAUUUUAAAAGACAACCGGUUGCAUAGCUUGCUGUACCUGCGAGACCUGUGUUAUUUUUGUAUUCUCC